CUUGCCGCCAUCAUGAACAUCCGCAAUGCUCGGCCAGAUGACCUGAUGAACAUGCAACAUUGCAACCUCCUUUGCCUUCCCGAGAACUACCAGAUGAAAUACUAUUUCUACCAUGGCCUUUCUUGGCCCCAGCUCUCUUACAUCGCUGAGGACGAGGACGGGAAGAUUGUGGGCUACGUCCUGGCCAAAAUGGAGGAAGACCCAGAUGAUGUCCCUCACGGACACAUAACCUCACUGGCUGUGAAGCGUUCCCACCGUCGCCUGGGCCUAGCUCAGAAGCUGAUGGACCAGGCCUCCCGGGCCAUGAUUGAGAACUUUAGCGCCAAGUACGUGUCCUUGCACGUCAGGAAGAGUAACCGGGCAGCCUUGCACCUCUAUUCUAACACUCUUAACUUUCAGAUUAGUGAGGUGGAACCCAGAUACUAUGCAGAUGGAGAAGAUGCUUAUGCUAUGAAGCGGGAUCUGUCACAGAUGGCAGAUGAGCUGAGGAGGCAGUUGCAGCUGAAGAAGGGCGGGUAUGUGGUGCUGGGCUCCAGGGAGAACCAGGAGACCCAGGGCAGCACACUUCCUGGUUCAGAAGUGGCCUGUCAAGAGAAGAACCCAGCCACUGAUGGUAGCGGGAGUGACAGCAAGGAACCCAGCGAAUCCACGGAAAGCCCCGAUGCCCAGGACAGUUCAGAAGACUCUGAUUCCACCUCCUAGAGCCUGCUUAAGCAUUGCAGGUCCUCGUGUCUCAACCAUAUCUGCUCUCUGAGUCCUGGCUUAUCCCGUGAACUCUGUAGCAUCUGCUCGGGGGUCAUCUCAGGCCAACCCCAAUGGCUUCUCACUCUCAACCUUCCACAUACCCCACCAGGAUCAUGACGGAAUACGUGGACACAAGAGCCUGCUGUGCAAGUGCCAAGGAAGUUUGAGGCCUGCCAUCACCGAACCUUUCCUGGCCUGCUCACAUCAUUCCUGCCAUUUUAUUGUGUUUGUAGUAGUCCUUUGUUGGGUGUGGUUGACUUGUAAGGUUGUCCCUUUGUAAGAUACAGAACAGGAAAUGCGGAAAACUCCCAAAGCUCCCAGGCUUUUAGUUUUUGCCAUUGUUUCUCUGGGCUUUCAUUCUUGAGGGGGUAGUCAGGACCAUCAAGUCAGACCUCAUGCCCCCUUCCUCUUCCUUUUUCACCUCUUCUGGUAGAAGUAUUCUGUUUCCUCUUCCUUUCUCCAGGAACCUGUCCGCUCUCAUGUCCUCUCCUUUCUUGAAGAAGUAUUCUCCUCCUUCCCAGUGGGAGGAAGUGGUAAGGGCUUCUAUUAUGCAAUCAGAACUUGGAGAUUUUAAGAAAAGGACAACCAGUAAUUAAAUUGGAAUAUCU